CGAAUGGUAUAUAUAUACCAAAAUAAUUCUCUAAACAGUAGUUAUUCCUUUGUUUGUGGUGCGUUUGCUCCUUCAAUUCAUACAAAAAAUUAUUUCGAGUGUGUGAUUACUUUGAGUGCUGGUAUUUUCUUGCGGUUUAUUUUGCAAGGAUUAAUCAAAGAUGUUCACUGCAAUGAAAAGCAUUCCUCUUUUCAUCACAUUCAUGUCGAUUGCAAGAAGUGAACCUCCAAAUACUGAUUAUGGAACUCCUCUUGGUGCACCUCUCACUAGCUAUGGAACACCUAACUACAAUGAGGGUCAUAACGGCCAAGGUCACCAUGACCAUCAUGGAGAUAGUGGAGAGCCAAAAUCCUACGAAUUUGGAUAUCAAGUGAAAGACGACUAUACAGGCACCAACUACAACAGAAAAGAAUCUAGUGAUGGUAACCAAGUACGAGGAGAGUACCGUGUAGCCUUGCCAGACGGUCGGACCCAGAUCGUAACUUACUGGGCUGACUGGCAAAGUGGAUUCCACGCUGAUGUCAGAUACGAAGGAGAGGCUCAGUUCCCUGAUCAGUACAACAAGGACAACAGAGGAUACAAUAAUGGGGGAUAUGGCAAUGGUGGAGGAUAUAAUGGAGGAGUUUCCAACCAAUAUGGAGCUCCUGGAUUCGGAAAUACUGGAUACGCUGAUGGACCUGCGACAAGUUCAGCAAUAAACAAUUUGGCAGCUGGGCAUGAUAACUACAACUACAAUAAUAAUCAUUACGAUUCAUAUAACACCGGUUAUAAUAAGGCGCCUCCCAGUAGUGUAUACGGAGCUGUGUAACGGAUUUAUUCAAGUGAGAAUUUGUGGACUCCACGUAGAAUUAUGUGGACUCAUAUCAUCGUACGAGUAUCUCAUUAUCAUACCAUUAGCGCAGAUAUCUUCUCUCCAGUAAAUAGUAUAUAGUAACCAAAAAGAUCUCUAGUUUGUAGUUGAUGACUUCUGAAUUACUCAAUAAUUUUGGCCAGUAUUUGCAGUGUUUGGUGAUUCUUCAAGAUUCCAUCUUUUUCAAAUAUAUAACACAGAAAAAUCGAUUAACACAUGGUACGACAUGGUACGAAAUAGCUGUGUAGAUAUCAAAGGCACGAUGAAAAUUGUUUUUUAUGUUUUAGAAUAAUCCGUUGACAAAUUUCAGGAUCCUUGUUAGAAAAUUCUGAAAAAUGAACGAAAUUUAAAACCAAUGAUUUUUGCCGAAGUAUUCUAUUUAUGACUAUUGAAAAGAUCAAUUAUGGACGAAGGAAUAUUUUCUAAGAAAUAUUAAUGAUCUAUAACAACUUUCAUGAACAGGAUCGUAUUAUACAUAUGUAAAACAAUAUAUUAUGUGGUUAUACCAAUUCCAGUAUUUGUUGAUUGGAGUUGAAAGUACCUUCUCUGCGCCCUGUAUAUAGAUUUUAUAUUUUUCUAUUCGUAAUUUUUUUAUACUUUUUAUAAUAAACGAUCAAAGUCA